AUGACGACGAAGAAGAAGGAAGACAACGACGCGAAAAAAGGAGGAAACUCAUACGAGGUGGACGCGAAGUAUUCGUUCAAAGAUUUAGUCUCUGUGUCGCCGCCGUCUUGGCAGCUGUUUUCCGGAAACGGACGAGAUGAUGAUGAUGUCAAAGAGGACAAAAAGGAGGAAAAGAAGACAAAGAAGGAACGGACGCCAACGAAGCCUUCGAUGAGUUUAAAUGUUGCAAUCGAGGACGAGGAAAGAAGGAAAACCCCGAUUAAGAAGAAGGCUUUGAUGACGAGUAAGAGUAAAACUCUUUCGAUGAAACCGAAAUUGGGGAAAAUGUCUUUCGUCGACGCGUUCUUUCUCCCGGGCGAGCUCGAGCGCGUGAAGCGGAAGUCUCGCGAGUGGGGGGCGGCGGCUUGGAGCGCAAGAGGAGAUACAACAAAAGACGAGGAUUUUGAGGAGGUGCGAAGAAAACGAGAUAUACAAAAACAGCUUCUCUCGGAAUGGCAUCAGACGGUGGAGAAGUUCAGGGACGAUUAUAAGGCGAAGAGGAAAGCCGCGUAUCGACGAGGGAAAGAUAUCAGCCGCGUAAAAACAAACGCUGCAAACAAAGUUUGGCAAAAACUCGACGAUUGCCUCAAAUACUUACAUAAGUCGAAGAGGCGAAAAUGCCUCGUAAAAGCGACUUGGAGGACGAAGACAUCGCUUCUUACGCUCGGUACUUCAAGCGCGCCGAAGAGCGAGUAUAAAACUACUCCUCGCGAGAAAAAGGGCGGCGCCAAGAAGAACCAACGACGGAUAACUACGAUACGCUCAAUACGUGGUCGAGACGACGACGACGAGAGGGAGAGAAAGAGAGAGAAACAAAAGCGAUGCAGAUAG